UGCUAACAACUAGUUAGCUAGCAAGCUAGCCUCUAGCAAGUUGCUAGCCUAGCUUCCUAGCUGAAUGACAUCAAAAUAAAACCUCUUGUGUGUCCUUGCGUCGUUCCUAAAAACAGUAAAGUCGGAUUUAGGAGUGAAGUGACUGGUCCAGGCAGUUCCAUUUGGAGGUCCGUGUGAAGACAGCAUGGCUCAACUGGUGGAAUGUGUCCCAAACUUCUCAGAGGGGCGAAAUCAAGAGGUUAUUGAUGCCAUCUCAGCGGCCAUCAGCAGCACGCCUGGCUGUAGCCUGUUGGACGUCGACCCCGGAGCCUCCACCAACCGGACUGUUUACACGUUUGUUGGCACUCCUGAAGCCGUGGUGGAAGGCGCGCUGAACGCUGCCCGUCAUGCAUUCAGCCUGAUCGACAUGAGCCAACACACAGGGGAGCACCCUCGUAUGGGAGCGCUAGAUGUCUGUCCUUUCAUUCCUGUCCAGAACGUCAGCAUGGAGGAUUGCGUCCACUGCGCCAACAUCUUUGGACAGAAAUUGGCGUCCUUGCUACACGUGCCUGUGUUCCUUUACGGCGAAGCAGCAAAAAACGAAGCAAGAAGAAGUCUUCCGUCAGUGAGAGCUGGCGAGUACGAAGCUUUACCUGACAAGCUGCAACAGACAGAAUGGGCUCCUGAUUUUGGACCCAGCACCUUUGUGGCGUCCUGGGGGGCUACAGUGACUGGCGCUCGUAAGUUCCUCAUCGCCUACAACAUCAACGUGAUCGGUACCAAAGAGCAGGCACAUCGCAUCGCACUGGACAUCAGGGAACAAGGACGAGGCAAAGACCAGCCAGGGUUGCUGAAAAAGGUGCAAGCUAUGGGCUGGUACCUGGAAGAAGCUAACAUUGCUCAGGUGUCCACCAACAUCCUGGACUACCAACAAACCUCCCUUCACUGCACCUAUGAAGCCAUCUGCAAGAAAGCUCAGGAUCUCAAGCUGCCGGUUGUCGGCUCUCAGAUCGUUGGUUUGAUUCCUCUUGAAGCUCUUCUGGAUGCUGCAGACUUCUACAUCCAUAGAGAAGAACUCUUCAUCGUGGAGGAGGAGCACAAAUUGCGGAUGGUGAUCAGCAAGCUGGGUCUGGACUCGCUGGGUAUCUUUAAAGCAAAAGAACGAAUCAUUGAGUACAUGGUGAAGUCGCAGGACAACAGCCGCCUGGUGUCUCUUCCUCUGAAGGAGUUUGUUCACAGCGUCGGAGCUCGAACAGCAGCCCCCGGUGGAGGAUCAGUGUCUGCUGCCGUGGCUGCCCUGGGAGCGUCACUUGGCGCCAUGGUUGGCCAGAUGACAUACGGCAAGAGACAGUUUGAGAGCGUGGACACUGUGAUGAGAAGGCUGAUUCCUCCAUUCCAUCAGGCCAUGAAUGAGCUGCUGGACAUGGUGGACAGCGACUCUUCUGCUUUCAACACUUACAUGGCAGCUUUGAAGAUGCCCAAACAUUCCCAGGAGGAGCUAAAAAGACGUGAGGCAGCGAUGCAGGACGGUCUGAAGCGAGCGGUGAGUGUCCCGUUGGCUCUGGCCCUAAAAAUCAGUGUCCUCUGGUCGCCGCUCAAAGAACUUGUCCUCUAUGGAAAUAUUAACUGUAAAUCAGACGCUCAGGUUGCAGCCAAAGCGUUGGAGAUGGGGGUUUUUGGGGCAUACUAUAACGUCAUCAUCAACCUUCAUGACAUCACAGAUGAGAAUUUUAAGAUGGAGACUCAGUCCAGAGUCACAGCGUUGUUGCAGGAAGCGAAAAGCAGUGUCGCCGAUAUCCUCGAUGCUGCGGACAAGCGCACCUGAGCGCUGACAUGAAAAUGUAUUAAAAUCUUCUAAUUCAGAAAUUGUCAGCACCUUGCUCAAAAAGGUUCAUUGUGUCUUUUUAUUCAUACACUUAUCAAAUGUUCUUGUAAUCAGACAAUAUUUUUGGUAAAUUAGAUGGAAUCUUUACCUGACAUGUUUCGACUGUCAUCUGCACUAUUCUUCAGAAGGGUCACCUGACCACAGUGAUGUGCUGCCUAUCAGCUGUUCUUAUAGGCGUGGCCAAACAGGCAGAUCUGUCAAGUCUACCUGGUUGCCCCCCCCGCCGCUUGAUGGUCAUCCUGAUUGAUGGUUUCCUUCGGCCGCUUUCUUAGUUUAAUCGUCUUCUUAAUCCAUCGUUUGAAUGUGUUACUUUCUGUCCUGAUGAUUUUGGCAUUGUCCCAGUCCAUGAUGUGUUUAUUUAUUUUGUAAUGAUCUGAUAUGGCUGAUUUUAAGAUUUCCUGUUCUGAUUAUUGUUUUAAGCUUCUUGUAAACCUUCCAGUUGUCUCUUUUUCACAUUCUUUCUGAUGUUCUUUCUUCUGUGUGUUGAAUGUCCUCCCCGUUUCUCCGAUGUAUGAUUUUUUGCAUGAUUUACACGGGAUUUCAUAAAUUAAAUUGCAUUUGUUGUCUUGUUGUAUUUUGUCUUUUGGAUGUACAAGUUACUGUCUUGUUUUUGUGUGAAGUCAGUCGAAACAUAUCAGGUAAAA